UGGCUUUUGAUUUACGCACUCCGUGAAAGUCUCCCUGGGCCAAACUGUUCUUUGUAGAGCCCUGGUAUAACUAAGUGAUGUGACAUGCUCUCACAGCGUCCUCCUCCUCCACCCCUAGUAGUUGCCUUUGCUCCUGUGAGAGAGGCUAUCCAGGCUGCCCCACCAUACCCAAGUGCUCUCCUUCUAUCCCACUCUCUUAGGUAUACCUCCAGCCUCAAGACAUGUCCUGCUACAGCCAGUGUGUGCCAUGCCGGCCCUGUGGCCCCACCCCUCUGGCCAGCAGCUGCAAUGAGCCCUGUGUCAGGCAGUGCCAGAACUCCAACGUCGUCAUCGAGCCCUCACCCGUGGUGGUGACCCUGCCCGGACCCAUCCUCAGCUCCUUCCCGCAGAACACUGUUGUGGGAUCGUCCACCUCCGCUGCUGUUGGCAGCAUCCUCAGCUCUGAGGGCGUGCCCAUCACCUCGGGGGGCUUUAACUUGUCUGGCUUUGGCAGUGGCUACUGUGGCAGAAGGUGCCCGCCCUGCUAAAGCCGCUGGCUCUGAUCCUGGAGAUAUGCCUGAAGACACUACGAACAUGGUGCUGAAUGAAGAAGGAAUUUUCAAGCCACUGCUUUCAGAACAGUUGAC